UAAUCACUCACAGCUGUCAACUCCAUCCAAAUCGAGACAUACUUUCGUGCAUUACUCUUCCUCGUCCGAGAACGCGACCGAUCCCGUCUUUGACACUCAGCUUGAAGCUGCGGCAGUGUAAAGUUGGAUGGCGUGAGAUUCGGCUGUGAAAGUGACAUUUGAUAACAGAUUCGAGGUAGAUCGUUUGCCAAGCCUUCUCGUAUCUCACAAAACCAGUACAUCACGAUUGAGAACCCGCAGAUGACGUUCAAAUAAAAAACAUAUUCGCGACCCUUCAUCCUGCUUUCGCCAAAAGAUCAUUCUCACAAUGGCAGACUCAACUCAGCAAGGACAACAACCUGAUGCUUUGGCUCUACUUGGAGCUGCGCUUCAGGCACAGGAUGCAAAGACAGAAGAACGAAAUUUACGACAAUUGUUCACCCUCUUUCAAUCACAACCAGGCAACAUUCCACCACUGUUUCCCAGCUUGUUGUCUAUAUUACACAAAGCAAGCCCUUCGUUAAAGAAAUGGAUAGUAGAAGUGAUCGAUUUAACAUUUUGCAAGCCGACAUUAGGACCACAAGCUCGUAGUUCGCUCGCUUACCAUAUGCCUGAACCAAUUCUAGCCUUGCUCAAUGAAAUGGACUCCCAAUAUGCAAAAGUUGCAAUUACCGCUUUUGCAAGUGUAUAUCAACCAUUGUUCAGACUUAUUUGUACAGAUCCAACCCAAGCAAGGCUAUGGCAUACGGUUGAGGCAAUCAAGCAAAGAAUUGUACAAAUGUUUGAAAUGCCGCAUCAUCUUGGAAUCAAAUUGGCCGCUGUAAAGGCUUUCCAAAAGAUCAUCUUGGUUCAAACUAGAGCAUCCGAUUCUCGUGGACAUGUGAACAGCAGAUCCGCUGCAGAUGCUAAUUUGGCACACAUUCCACCAGAUCACGCAGUUCUUCGAGCGGGAGCAUUGGAGCAAGAAGCCAACGAGAGACUAACACAAAUUGUCACAAUCAUCUUUACAAGUUCGAUAGCAGACCUCGUGAUGGCUUCGAUGAAUUGUUUGUCUUCCUUGGCCAAGUUGAGACCGUCUUUGAGCCCGAUCGUAUUUGAAGCUUUGAUUAGUUGGUCGCCUUCAGCUUUAUCAGGCUCGCCAUACAUGACUGUACGAAGCGUAGAAAAGACACUCAAGCUACUUUACCAGCAUUUUCAUCCCAAUAGAAAUUCUUUGGCAGGCGCAUAUGCCUCUCAAAUCAUCGAAGCGGUGGAUAAUCAAAAGAUGCGAAUGGAAACGGCCGCUCGCGAGGAAGAAGCAAGGAAGGCAAGGGAAGCCUCUUUGCGUAAAAGAGGCAUCACUUCUGAAGAAAAUGAAGAUCCAAAUUCACCUGCUGCGCAGAGGAAACAUGUUCGCUUUACUGGAUCUGAGGCAGAGAAUAGCGAACAAUCAACGCCUGUUCCUUUUGCAGAUCCUACUGCUAAUGCCCAAAACAGUGUCGUGGGAGCUAUGAACCAGAUACAGGAUGCCAGCUCUCAAGGCGACCCUAUGCUUCUUGCAGAUCCUGAAGCUGUCAAUAGAAAUCCGAUGGCAAGCUUUGAUGCAAGCACGCUUCCUCUCCCGCUCGUCGUAGAACUGAUUUUGGCCAACUUAGGAUCCAUUGAAGAAGCAAAACUGGAACAAGUCAUCGCCGAAGCUCGUGCUAGAAUCAAUGGUCAGCCAAAGUCUACCUUUGGACGACCUGCAGCGCCAGGUCCGCCUCCUGGCCCACCACCGUCACGCCCUCCGUCGAGCGUAAAGAAAGAGGAAGAAGAUGCGACAGAAGAAGUACCACUAGAAGCACAAGAUCCUUUGAAGUUAGAUAUGGGAGAAGAAGAAACGAUGGAAGCCGCUGAGAGACAAUUACAAGAAGCGACUGCUGAAGAUGGAGAUGCAGGAACGAUGGUCAAUUUGAACUCGUCCACAUUUGCACUUAAAGCACCUGUAGAACUGAAAGUAGAAGAUCGAAUCGCCUUACUCAAUGCUUCGGUUGAACGUAUUUGCCAGGUCGGAGUAAGAGAAGCAGCUAUUCGAACGAAUGCAAGUGAAAACGCAGAGGACGUCACAACUAUGGAAGUAGCAGCAGGCGGAAAUCAAUUGCCACACGCACAACUAUGGACUGUUUUAAUCACUCGCUUGGCGACACGUGGCCUUGACGAGCAUGCAGACUCAUCAGAAGAAAGCAAGGAGGAGAAAAGAGUAUCAUUGAAGCAACAGUCUGAUGCAGUUCGCGAGCUGAUGCUUCAAUUUAUUCUAGAAGAUUUUGCACAUCGGGUCGAAUUUGCUUUACAGUGGAUCGCAGAAGAAUUUCAUUGUAUUCUUUUACUGAAAAAGAAAGGAAUCUUGGUUGAAGAAGGAGAAUCAUCUUAUUCAGUUUGGCUACAAAAAAUCACAGCAACAGUGAUUGAAAAAAUGGAUUCAAAAGACAAAACUUUGUACGAAUUUUUGAGCAGAAUACCGCAAUUGACAGAUUCAGUUAUUGCAACGAUUCAAUCACUCUGUUUGGAUAAAACGAAAAUGGCCGCAGGAUUCACCAUGUUGCGUGAUUUGGCCAUUCAUCGUGUUCCUGCCCGAACUAUGAUUUGUUCUUAUCUUUUGGGCUUGGCCAGAAAUGUUGAAAAGAUGGUUCGUGGAGCGGCAAUCAUUACGGUCAGGAAUUGGGUCAGAGCCAAUGGGCAGGGAAAAAGUCCAGCAGGAGAUGUGCUGGAGAAUGAUGUCCUACAGUUUGCCAAAGCAGGCCUAAAGCGAUUGACAGUCAAAAAUCAGCCUGUCAGUAACGGAGAUUCGAAUGCGGGACAAAAUGGACAUGCGAAUGAAGAUUCAACAAAGGCAGCAGAGGAAAGCGCCACGGCCGAAGCUGAAGAGCAACAGAGCGUACUCGAUGACCCAAAUGCCGAAAUUCAAACGGAUGAUGACGUCUUGCGUUUGGUUGAAUUACCCUUUGCACUAUGCGUUCGUGUUCCUGAAAUGUUGGAUGAAGUCUUCAAUGCGUAUGCAGAAAUGCCUUCACAAGUACAAAAAGCAGUUGAAACACACAUCAAGCCACUCGUACAAAAUCUUGGCUCGAAUAACAGUAAGCUUCUUCAUCUCAUUCAACAUCAUCCACCCGCUGCUGAUUCGCUCGCAGUGAUUGUAUUUGGAAUCCUGGGAAGCAAACAAAGGAGUAAAAAGAUGGUCGAUAUGGUCAAGCAAAUGGCAGAAGAGAAUGCGAAUGAGAUCGAUCCUCGCUUCUUGAUUCCAAUCUUACCUGAUUUGGAAAAAGCGGAAAUUAUCAAAUACCUCCCACGUGUCGUGUCAAUCUUAAGCUCAGACAAGCAAGAGGAUCGCUUGAUGCUCAAGAACGUUUUCACAUCAGUCGUUCAACCGCCAGAACAAGGAUUCGGAAGUGUUUCUACCAAUUUACCACGUGUCCGUCAAUCUGAACUUCUUUCGCCAGUGGAGCUGAUGAGCUUAUUACAUCACGCUGAACCUGAAAUUGGCAGAAAGACGGCAGCAGAUGCGAUUCGACUUUGUUUCGGUAUGACGGAUAUUUUCCGUAGUGAAGUGAUUGGUGCGGUUCUCAAUCUGUUGAUUGAAGAACCGGUCUUGCCCGUAUUGUUCAUGAGAACGGCAAUCAUUGCCGUUAGAACGUAUAAAUCACUCUCUUCCUACAUUUCUACCAUUUUCCUUUCAAGAUUGAUCACUAAAAAAGUUUGGCAACAACCUUUAUUGUGGGAAGGUUUCAUCAUUUGUGCCAAGCAAACUGCUCCAGCUUCCUUCAGUGCUCUUAUCCAAUUGCCACGUGAACAAUUACGAGAUGUUGUAGAAAAACAACCAGAUUUGCGUGUUGGAUUACGAGAUUAUCUGAUCAAAAAAGCAGGAGGAAACAAAGCAAGAAAAAAGAACUUUUUGGAAUUGUUGGGUGAAAAUGUUGAUGAAGAUGCUGUGGGCGACUCGUCUAAUCCUGGAACACCUAAUAUCGGAACACCUGGCUCAGGAACAUCUACACCAAUCCAUGUAAAUCAUGCAAACUAAGAAAACAGAGGAGAGCCGCUCUAUACUUGUACUACUACACACUUAAUCAAAUAUCAACUUAGCAUUAUUGAUAAAGUGCGCUCUGUGGUACGUGGAAGAUGGGAAGGUUGAUUGAAUUAUGAAGCUGUGUAAUAUACAAUAUUGUUCGUGAACCGUGAAUGUGAAUGAAAUUAAAUAAUGC